AUGGCAGCACCACCUACCCCACAAGAGGGAGCUUCACAAACACGACCACCACUGUUUAAUGGCAAAUAUUAUGGAUGGUGGAAAAAUCGUAUGAUGGACCAUCUUAUUGGCGAAAACCCUGAUCUGUGGGGAGUAAUUCUAGAUGGCCCAACCAUACCUAUGAAAACAGCAACUGAUGGAAUCACCAAAAUCCCAAAGGAAAGAAAGGAAUGGAAUGUUGAAGACAAGCUUGCAAUUCAAAACAAUGCCAAAGCCAAGAAAAUUCUGAUAUGUGGCAUAGGACCAGACGAAUAUAAUCGAAUCUCGUCAUGUCAAGAUGCCAAAGCCAUAUGGGAAACACUGCAGACAGCUCAUGAGGGAACAACACAAGUCAAGAAAUCUAAGAUUGAUAACUUGAACAGGCAAUAUGAGCUGUUCAGGAUGGCAGAAGGAGAGACUAUUCAAGACAUGCACACCAGGUUCACCUCCAUCAUCAAUGAGAUGUACUCUUUAGGAGAGAUAGUGCCUAACGGAAAAGCAGUAAGGAAACUCUUGAGUGUCCUUCCUGAAACUUGGGAAAGCAAAGUCGAGGCUAUCACUGAAGCCCGCGACCUAGACUCACUGGGAAUGGAUGAGUUAAUUGAUGAAAAUAUUGCCCUCAUAACCAAAAGGUUCACUAGAAUGCUAAAGAGAGGGCAGACCUUUCAAAAGAAAGCUUUUCAAAAACCAUCUGAAAACACUAAAGACCAGGUUUGUCAUAAGUGUGGGAGUCCAGAUCACUUCAUCAAAUUCUGUCCACUUUGGGCCGUAGAGCAGAAAAUAGUAAACUUUGAGAAAGGGAAAGACAUCAAAAAGGAUAAGUUUGUCCCCUCAAACAAAAGAAUGACAACUCAAGAGGCAGACAUGUCAAUGAAGAGGGCUUUUGCAGCAAUGGGGAGUUCAUCUGAUGAAGAGUUUGAGGGUGAUGAGACAGAAAACCAGUCUCUUCUUGCACUAGAACAAGAAGAUGAUUAUGACUUUCUUGCCCUUGUAGCAGUGGAAACCAAGGAAGAAAGGGAAACUUGCAGAUCACAAGAAACCAUACUAGCACUCAUGGCUGGAUCAGAUUCUGAAGAGGAAAAAGAAGAAGAAGACAUAAAUGAAAAGAGGAAGCAGCAGCAAUGGUACUUGGAUAGUGCAUGCUCAAGACACAUGACUGGAGAUAAAAGAAGCUUCCUCUCACUCAAGAACAUCAAAGGAGGAAACGUUGCCUUUGGUAAUGGUAAAAGUGGUGAAAUUAAGGGAAUUGGAAAGGUUGGAUCAAUGGAUACUCAUGCAAUUGAGAACGUAUAUUAUGUGAAUGGCCUACAACAUAAUCUUUUGAGCGUAUCUCAAAUAUGUGAUAAAGGAAACAACGUUCUCUUUACAGAAAAAGAAUGCAGAGUAACAAACUCAGUGACUGGAAACCUGGUUCUACUAGGAAAGAGACACAAGAAUGUGUACAAAGUCAAGACUGUUGACUCCAAGGAAGAUAAUCUUAAAUGUCUAAGUGCAGUCUCAGAUUGCUCCAUGCUAUGGCACAAAAAAAUGGGACACAUUAGCAUGACAACUAUAAACAAGCUCAUAUCUAAAGACCUGGUUAGGACUGCCAACCAAAAGUUUCAAGGACAACCAAGUAUGUGGAACCUGCAUUCAAGGAAAACAUGUUAG